AUGUUGAUGAUGUUUGAAAAAGGUAUACGAGGUGGAAUAUCACAUAUAGCAAAGAGAUAUGCAGAAGCGAAUAACAAAUACAUGGCUGAUUACGAUCCUGAUGAACCUCCUACUUAUAUUCAAUACCUUGAUGCUAAUAAUCUUUACGGAUGGGCAAUGUCACAAUCACUUCCCACACACGGAUUUAAAUGGAUGAGAGAUUUAACAAAAGAAACUGUAAUGGAUAUAUUGGAGAAAGCAAAUCAUAGUAUGAUAAAUCCAAAGACUAAAAAAGGAUAUAUAUUUGAAGUAGAUUUGGAAUGCCCCCCUGAUUUAUGGAAAUCACAUAAUGACUAUUCACUUGCACCUGAGAAAAUGAUUGUUAAUGGUGUUGAAAAACUAAUUUGUCAUUUUAAACCAAGAAAAAACUAUGUUGUUCAUUAUCGAAAUCUAAGACAAUAUCUUGACAUGGGAAUGAGAAUAACUGCUGUUCACAGAGGAAUAUCUUUUAUUCAGAGUUCUUGGAUGGAACCUUACAUCAGAAAGAAUACUGAACUUAGAAAAACAGCAGCAAACAGUUUUGAGAAAGACUUUUUUAAACUAAAGAAUAAUUCAGUAUUUGGAAAAACAAUAGAAAACAUAAGGAAAAGACAAAAUAUACUACUUGUUGAUGAUCGUGCCAAAGCUGUAAAACUAGUAUCACGUCCAAACUUUGAUAGAGCAACAAUAUUUGAUAAAAAUCUUAUUGCAGUUCAUAUGAAGAAAACUGAAGUAUACUUUAACAAACCAGUAUAUGUUGAACAGGCAAUUCUAGAUUUGUCAAAAACAUUAAUGUUCAAUUUUCAUUACAACUAUAUUCAAAAGAAAUAUAAACACAGGGCUGAGUUAUUGUUUACAGAUACCGACUCGUUGAUGUAUCAGAUUUAUACAGAUGAUUUUUACAAAGAUAUAUUUCAUGAUGUAGAAACCAAGUUUGACACAUCUGAUUAUCCUCCUAACCACCCAUCUGGUAUACUGACAGGUUUAAAUAAAAAAGUAAUAGGAAUGUUUAAAGAUGAAGUAGCUGGUCGUCAAAUUACUCACUUUGUUGGUCUUCGUCCGAAGCUUUAUAGUUUUAAAGUAGAGGAUGGAAGUUUAACCAAAAAGUGUAAGGGGAUAAAGAAAAAUGUUGUUAAAGAGGGUAUAAAUUUUGAAGACUAUGUACAGUGUUUAUUUUCUGGUGAAAAGCAAAUGAGAUCGAUGAAAAUUAUAAGAAGUGAAAAUCAUGAUAUAUAUUCAAAAGAAGUAAAUAAAAUAGCUCUGAGUAAUGAAGAUGAUAAGCGCAGUGUGAUGGAGGAUAAAGUAAAAACACUUGCUUUAAGAUAA